GUCCGAAUUUAUAAGUGGUUCGGUCUAGACUCGACAUCUUGGUAAUAAUAGAUUUAAGAAGUAUAUGUUAUCACAAUGUCAGACAACAAACCCACCUUCCACCACCUCAACAACUCUCAAUCCCAGCGCAUUUUCUGGCUCCUCGAAGAGUUCGGCAUAGAAUACAACCUCGUCCUGCACACCCGCAACCCCCCCACCGACCCCACCGCCCCCUUCCAGUCCCCGCCCGCCCUCGUCGCCGCCUCCCCCCACGGCACAGCACCCCUCCUCAUCACCGGCCCAAAAGAUGGAAACCGCGCCAUCCCCGAAUCCCUCGCCAUCGCUACAUACCUAAUCCGUACCUUCGACACUGGGGAUCGCUUCGGGCUGAGGGAUGGAGACUGGGUGAGAGACGAGGUUAUCACCUCCAUGGCGUGCACGAAUCUGCAGAGGGCGACGGGGUUUAUUAUGAUGCUUGAUUUCGGGCUGAUACGCAACGGGGAGGGCCCCAUGGGCGGCGUAGAUGGCCCGGAGUUGCGGAUGCAGUUGGGGAAUUUGGACAGGAAGUUGGUGGGGGGGGCGGAGGGGGGGUUCUUUAUGGGGAGAGGCCGGGGAGGGCGGAUGUGGUUUUGGAGUUUCCGAUGACGAUGGUGAGGCAUAGGGGUAUUUGGAUUUGGGGGAGGAGUUUCCGAGUCUGGAUGAGUGGUUGCAGAGGUGUUAUGAUACGCCGGCGUAUAAGAGGGCGUUGGAAUGGGUAUGAUAUGAGUGUUCCCUAAGGUGCCGAGGUGAGGAGAUGUAGGGGAUGUGGAGGUGGGGGGUUGCGAUAAACGCUACUCACUAUAUAUAUUGUAUAUUAUAGCCGUAUGGAAACCCUGUGGCCCAUAUCUUCUCUCGAUACAGGGGCAGGGGCUUCUCAUAGCUGACUUCUGGGAUAUGAGAAGUCUUCAGUUUCCAAAGCCUAACUCCACAGGAGAUAGUAAGACCUUACUGCCCUUUUGGUUCCUUGGUGCAUGUUAGAAGGGAACUCAAAACAUUCACAAGCAAGCAGAACCAAUAUU